UCAGCUGUUUUUGAAAGCUAUUCAUGUUUUCAUCGAGCCAGUUUUCCACAGGAGCUGGAAAAUUUGUCUGCGUCUGGAAAAUACACAAGAAGUUUAACAUGGAUAAUAAAGUAUAUUUGGCAAAAGCCAAUAUCUUUUGUAGUGGAAACUAAAUCUACCGUGUUAUUUUUCAUCAAGUCUGGGCAUGUCAACAUGAGAAAAUGAGAUACCUUCUAUUGGAAAUUCCUGCACUCGUUAUUUUUAUCUCAUUGAGAAGUGUGGCAUCAAUUAAUUGCUACACUUGUUCAUCACAUAAUGGCAGCAAUCCUCAUUGUGAAGAUCCUUUCAAUCCUGCGAUGUCAACAUACAAAGAAAAAUGUAUGGUUCCCAAGGCCGGUCACAUAGGACUUUUUCCUGCUAAUUUCUGCAUUAAAAUUGACGGCAGGAAUGUGAAAACGAAAGAGGUGACUGUGAUCCGAGCCUGCGUAAUGAAAUCAAUGGACUCACAGUGUGGAGGCUUCAAAUAUGAAGACAUUAUGAUGAAGGGCUGCAUACAAUCGUGUGAUUAUGAUGGCUGCAACAGUGCACUCCAUUUCUUUCAACUGAAUCGCAAAGUUUUAGUGUCUAUCAUGUUUUUCCACCUAUCAAGAUGUUUAAUUCAAUUUUUGUAAAAGUUUUAUAUUUUUCUACACCAACUCAAAUUACUAUAAUGGAGGUUUUCAAAAUAAAUUAUGAUGUGAGAUGUGACUUCUUCUCUACAUACAGUUGAUAAAAAAAAUCAUCAAUAUUAUUGGGGAAUCAUUUUUCCAAUCCAAUAUAAUUUCCCCGCCCCCGCUCAUAGUCCAAAACUGAUUUUUUUGAAUAUGUGAUAGUUCACGGAAAUCUUCCCGAUUCUCAAUCACUAUGUCAACUAGUGAGGUCAUAGAUGAGAAACACGCGAGAGAUUAUAACACACAUGAUGGGGAAACUGAAUUUUCAAAACCAAUAUUCACAUUGGACAUCACAUCGAUUAUGCCAAAUUAAUAUCGUGGUAAUCUUCUGCACAAUACGGAUAGCUUUCAUUGUAUUUAAAUUCAAAACAGCGCUAAUGAUGCUGAGAUGCAAGAGACAUUAUUUGUUCUAGAACUCAUUUCAGUUCUGUGAAUUGUCAAACAGACUAUAAGUUCACCAUUUCCAUUAAUUAUCUAUUUAUUUUUCUGAUUUUAUUGAGACUUGAUGAAUGUAGAAAACAGUAAGGUGAUGUCAACACCCGGAGGCGGCUGGCCAUCAACACACAUUCAAUUCAAAUUGAAAUCAUGUUUUAAUAACUCCAAUUUCGGUCUAUGUCACUAGUCAGGGCUGCACAAAUCCAAAGUAAAUAUCACAGAUGAUCCGUCAUCUUGACAGUGUUAAAGAAUUCUGAUUUGAAGUAUGGGCUACAUAAGUCCUAUCUUAUGCAAGUCUAAUACAGUUGAUUGGUCAUCUUGCAAAGCUAACCUAACCUACCCCACCGGGGGGUGCAAACCCCCUGCCGAGCGCGAAGCGCGAGUAAAUUUAUUUGAUAGGUAAUUAUAUUUGAGUGAAUAAAUAUUUUAUAUUUGAUCUACAUGUAUGUAGCUUGAUAGAUGAAUGAUGAUGAAACAGCGAAUCAUAGCUAUGAUUUGAUAUAUAUCUUGAAAGCAAAUACAUACAGAGUGAGUCAUAUGUAUGGGAACCCCUCAAUAAAUCGGAGACUGUUAUAGAUAUGAUACUGUAACUUUCAGGAUAUGUUAUUGGUAAAAUACUCUACCUUUUGACGUACAACUGAAUUUCAACCCCUCAUAAGGGGGUGACUUAGUGGUUGUAAUCCAAAUAUUUUAAACGUAAACACCCAUUGUGUGGUACAUCCUUUUGAAGCCCUUUUUAAAACAAGAAAGAUGACAUUAAUAAAAAUGUUUUAUGAUACUUGUAUCCAAAAUGGCAGCUGAUUGAGGUUUUAGUUUUUAAAGAAAUAAUUGAUAAAGUUCAAUCAGCCGCCAUUUUGAAUGAAAGUAUCAUAGACCAUUUUCAUUGAUGUCAUUUUUCUCGUACAAAUACCUUUAAAUCAUGUAUCACACAAUGAGUGUUAACAUUCAAAAUAUUUGAGUUACAACCCCUCAUUUUCUUAAAAACUAGAACUUCAAUCAGCCGCCAUUUUGGAUACAAAUAUCAUAGGAAAUUUUCAACUAUUCCAUCUUUCUUGUUUUUAAAAGGCUUUUAGAAUGAUGUACCACACAAUGGGUGUUUAUAUUC